GUGGUGGGGCGUGGAUUGAACGGGCUCAUAUAAAGAGGAGUGGCAGCAAAUGUUUAGCGGGUAUCACGUCUCCUGUGAAAUGUAAGGUACGGAGUAGGAAACGGACUUCUAACGUCAAAAGAACAUAGCGGCUGUGAAGGAGCACUGCGUAGUACGAGGACGCAGCUAUCCUUUGGGAGGACCGGUCUUCAGGAAGGAGUCACUUCAUCAUUCACAUCUCCCCUCUGUGGCGUGGAGUGGCGUUUUAGCAUCUUUAGCGUGUAUGCUAACACGAGCCAACAAGGAAUGCUAACUCUAGGCUUUUCUAGACCAGAGGCCUACAACAUCCUCCUCUAAAACUAGAACGACCUCAGUGCCAGUUGAUAUCCCCCUCCGAAGCACACCUAGUGAAUUUGACCUGACGGUGGAUACUACAGAUUCCAUACAGACAGCAAAGCAAAGCAUUUCCAUUGCUCCUUUUUGAACAAUUAAGUCUUUAAGUUUGACUUUUGUAUUCCUUUUUUUGUAAGGAUUUGUAUUGCUGUGAGCCAAGAGAUUUAAAAAAAACCAAAAAACCAAAAAAAAAAGUAAUCUGUAAAAAUGGGUCCUGGAAUGGAAACAGUGGACAUAGCUGUGGUAGGACUGUAUUUUGUCCUGGUGCUAGCCAUUGGGUUUUUUGCCAUGUGGAAAGCCAAUCGCAGCACUGUGAGUGGCUACUUCCUGGCUGGACGCUCCAUGUCGUGGAUAGUGGUAGGUGCCUCACUCUUUGUCAGCAACAUUGGCAGUGAACAUUUCAUUGGCCUGGCUGGGUCAGGAGCAGCAAGUGGCUUUGCUGUUGGAGCAUGGGAAUUUAAUGCCCUUCUACUUCUUCAGUUGCUUGGCUGGGUUUUUAUCCCUGUGUAUAUACACUCGGGAGUCUACACCAUGCCGGAGUACCUGUCAAAACGCUACGGUGGCACCAGGCUAAAGGUUUAUUUUGCUCUCUUGUCUGUGUUACUUUACAUUUUUACCAAGCUCUCUGUGGACUUAUAUGCUGGAGCUCUCUUCAUUCAGGAGUCCCUGGGGUGGAACCUUUAUGUGUCGAUCGUCCUGCUCAUCAGUAUGACUGCGCUGCUCACGGUCACUGGUGGAUUGACGGCAGUACUCUACACGGAUGCACUUCAGGCAGUGUUGAUGAUUGGUGGAGCCCUAACCUUAACCAUCCUCAGCCUAAUCAAAGUUGGUGGGCUAGAGGGUGUUAGAACUAAGUACAUGCUGGCAGUUCCCAAUGUUACUGCUAUAAUGGCCACUGGAAACUUCACCUAUUCUCCUUCCUGCCGCAUUGAGCCCAAACCAAACGCUCUACGCAUCCUUCGAGGUCCCAUGGAUGAAGACAUCCCAUGGCCAGGCUUCAUUCUUGGCCAGACCCCUGCAUCUAUUUGGUACUGGUGUGCAGACCAAGUCAUUGUUCAGAGAGUACUAGCAGCAAAGAACAUUGUUCAUGCUAAGGGCUCUACGCUAAUGGCUGGAUUCCUCAAGAUUCUGCCCAUGUUUCUAAUAGUCAUUCCAGGAAUGAUCUCCCGCAUCUUGUUUGCGGACGAGAUUGCCUGCAUUGGGCCAGAGCACUGCAUGGCUGUGUGUGGUUCUCAGGCCGGCUGCUCAAACCUUGCCUACCCACGCCUGGUCAUGGCAGUGAUGCCUGUUGGACUAAGGGGUCUGAUGAUGGCAGUCAUGAUCGCUGCCCUGAUGAGUGAUCUAGACUCGAUCUUCAACAGUGCAAGCACCAUCUUCACACUGGACAUCUACAAAACAGUUCGAAGGAACGCAUCUCAGCGUGAGCUGAUGACUGUGGGCCGCCUGUUUGUUGUUGCCAUGGUGGCAAUCAGCAUUGCCUGGGUCCCUGUUAUUAUUAAUAUGCAAGGUGGACAGACAUACCUCUAUAUCCAGGAAGUUGCUGGCUACCUCACUCCACCAAUUGCUGCCCUCUUCCUGUUAGGUGUGUUCUGGGAACGGUGUAAUGAGAUGGGUGCAUUUUGCGGAGGCAUGACAGGUUUCACACUCGGUGCCCUACGACUGAUCCUAGCUUUUAUCUACCGCCAGCCUCGCUGUGAUCAGCCAGAUGAUAGGCCUGCCUUCAUUUUUAAUGUUCACUACAUGUAUUUUGCCGCUGGGCUGUUCUGGAUUUCAGGGGCGGUGGCAGUGGUGGUCAGCCUCUGCACCUCUCCACCAGAUGAGGAACGGGUUCACACCACCACAUUCUGGGGGCUCCGCAACAUUAAAAUGGUUCCCACAAAGGACCGAAAAGAGGCCUACAGGCUGAAUGAAAAGAGCCAUUGUAGUGGAGAUGGGAGACUUCAUAAAGAAAUGCCCCCAGAUAUCAGAAAGGAGAUGUGUUUGGAUGGGGCGGAUGUCAAACUCCUGGUCCCAUCCACUGACCAUGACCCAGCAACCCCUAGUACAGAAACAUCCCCUGCCACCACCCCUGCAGAGCAGUUUGGUAAUGGAAGGCUGGAGAUGACCAGAGAAGAAAGCUGCAAUGUUUAUCACGAGACUGGCAGGUGUAUGCGUGUACUGGAAUGUUUUUGUGGAUGUAAGGAGGGAGCACAGAGCGAUCAGCAAAAAGUACAGCAGGAGGAUGCAACAGUCAUUGCAGAGAUGCUGUACGAGUCACCUAGAGAUAAAGUUAUUCUUAACGUGUGUCUGGUGUUCGUCUGCUGUUUGGGCAUUUUUAUGUUUGUUUAUUUCUCACUGUAAUUGAACUCUGCACUGAACUAACUGACUGGUGUGGGGGCUUUUAAGUUGGGGGGUCGGGGGCUGUUAAACAAACAGUUGCAUUUUCAAAGAUUUGAGAAGCGGUCUGUAAUAUUUACAGUUGUCAUGUGUAGCUCUUUAACAGGGUUUUAAGCUUAUUCUAAUCAUUUAUUUAAAUGAUUAAAGCGUCUCCACAAACAAAUGUAUUCCUCCUUAAGACUAUGAAGCUUAUUUUUUUAUUUUGUACAGCGCUUGUUAAUCCUGCAUUCAGAAUAUGUGUAUAUGAGUUUUUUAGAAUUGUUGUACUCUUAGUGAAUUUGUAUUUGCCUUAUUUGACAUAUGCACUUAUCUGUCUUCUUUUUUUUUUUUUGUGAAAAAUAAAUGUAUCCUGUGAUUUGCUUUUUCUUUUCUUUUUUAAUUUACCCCAUUGUUGAUAGUGACUGUAGGCUUAGUUGCUGGCGUAGCAUACGUAGCUGUAGUCAAAAUCUUUAGGUUAUAGGCCAUGACAGUUUUGAACAAGUUUCUGCCACUGAACACUGUAUUAUUACUGCAUUGUAUCAGUAGAACGUUUAGUAUGUGAUUACUAUUUAAUUUGUAUUGUGCCCUGAAUUGUCAUUUCAAGGUUAUUAGUAAAUCACCUAAUAAAUAUCCAUUUUGUUUUCCUGGGGACAAUAGGUAGAAAUGAUAUCUAACUCUCUCUCUUUUUUUAAGGGGACCAUUAUGAAGUUUUUAAAACGAGUUAAUAUUAAGUUCUAAAAACAUUACUUCUCUGCUGCUGUUACAUGUGACUAUUAUGUUUAUGGUGAUUAUCAUAAUCACCGGUUUGAUUUAUGCUACUGGAGGUGGGUCAAGCUUAUGUGUGUUUUGCAGCACAGGAAAUGAAACAAAGCACAAUAUUAGAAAUUGUUAUCCUCUUUUAUAAUUUUUUUUUUUUUUUAAUUAUCUUUUUCAUCCUAAGAAAAGAAAUAGCCAAACUUAAUAUAGUAUGGCACUUUUCAUUUUGAUUUGACUAUUUAAUUUGUCACUGGUGACUAAAUUCCAUUCACAACAGGAUCUGCAUUGCUAUAUCAAAGAUUUUUAUAUAUAAUAUACUUUUUAUGCACUACUGUUGUAUUAUAACAAAAGUCACAAGUACCAAUGCUUGUGAUUCUAUUAAACUUAUAUUUAAUGCAUAUCUCAUUUUAUAGUCACAUCAUUGAAAAGUGUGUCGAGUCUGUAUUAUGUUACCUGUAACCUCCAAUACAACAUACAAUAUAAUUCAGGGCUCAUUGGAUCAUUCACAAUAUACAUUUCUUCUAUAGCAGGAUAUCUGUUGUGUAUCUGUGUGUAAAUGUACCUUUUGUGCACUGCAGUGUAUUUAAUCUUGUUUCAAGUGCAUCUUUUAUAAACCUCUUACCAAAGGUGGCUUAGUAAAAAAAAAAAAAAAAAAAAAAAAAAAGUCCAUAUUUGUGUAAAGCCAUGUGAUAAAUCAACUUUGUCAUGUAUAUCAUGUCUAGUUUUAGUUUAUACAUUCCCAUUUCAAAGUGACUGUCCCCCUCCCCUGCUGAAAAAUAAAUAUAUCUGUGUUUACAUGUAUUUUGGAAUCCGUCUAAAAUGUCGGUGUCAUAAUGUGACAGGCCAAUCCUUACUAAUAACAUGAGGAUUAAUGUGUGAUGAUUGCUGUAUGGGAAAGAGCUUUAAAUAUACAGUGCAUUAUUUUUAUGGAUUUUUAGAGAUUGAAAAUAAAAUUUCUGUGGAGACAAAGACAAA